AUGGACACAAUAAACAUCGCCAUCAUUGGCGCCAAUGGCGUGGGCAAGAGCGCCUUCCUGCAGCAGGCCCUGAAGAUGUCCAGGCCUGCCAACCAGCUCGUCACCUUCAACUGGACGGAGCCCGAUGGCUCCCACCACAACGUCAACAUGUUCGAGGUCGACCUGGAGGCCUUCGACCUGGGCAUGGACGAGCCCAUCCGCUGGCCCAAGCAGGCCAAUGGGAUGCUCAGCCCUCGCAUCGAUGGGACUCUGGUGCUCUACGACGUCAUGAACAAGGACAGCAUCGCCUUGCUGCCCCAGACAAUAUCAUCUCUUUCCGUGUCCAACUACCCCUUGGUCCUUGUCGCAACAAAAUGCGACAACCCCGAGGAGCUCAGGGAGCUCGACACGGCAAGCGUCGCUGCCGCAUACCCCUCCGUGAUCGCCAACUUCAACACCUCUCCAAAGACCCCAAACACCACCAGGGACUGCCUGCAGGUCAUAUUGAGGGCAGUCGUGAACGGCCGGAAAGGAGGUGAUAAGUCGGAUGCGGCCAGCCAGAGACGGCGUGCCGCUUCGGCCGCAAACCUGGAGCCCACGGUAGACCCCCUCAACAACGGUCGGCCCGAUUCCGUGCACAGCAAGCACAGCAGAGCUAGCUCCGACCUCUCAUUGCUCCGGGGCUUCUCACAGCAGGCGAGCGAGAGGGAAAGUUAUUAUCGAGGGUCCUCGGCACGCUCGCCCAGGGCUUACCCCGGCCAGGGCCUCGGCCAGGACGACAUGAAUCCGACAGUCUCAAGCCAGCUGCGACAGACCGGCGUGCGUCUAGAUCUUGGGGCGGAGCCAUUCUACGAGGUCGAUGAAUCAGACGUGGAGUCGUUCCGCACCUCCAUGACGGACGACAUGCCACUGCUGCAACGGAGCGAUGAGAGUUUUAUGGACCGACCCGCCAAGAUGACCGGCGUGGCGUUUGACGACCUUGUGGACAGGCUCCUGGCACCGAGGAUGACAAGGGCGGAUAGCAACUUUGCGGACAUUUUCCUGUGUUUGUACCGAAAGUUUGCCGCCCCGGGUCAGCUCUUUUCCGCCAUCCUCACCAGGUUGGAACGGGGCAAGGAGGAUAAAUCGGCACACUACCUAGGCAAGAAAGCCACGCAGAUGCGCAUAAUCGAGGUAGUGGCCAGAUGGGUGUCCCUUUAUCCAGGCGAUUUCGCACGGCCGACGACCAAGAAGACCCUCGAGCGCUUCAUCAACCACCUGGCGAGCGAGCCGGCCUUCAGCGCGGCCGCAGGACAGAUGAGGCACCAGCUCGAAACCUUUGUGGUAGAAGAUGAUGAUACGGCAUGGGCACAGUCAGACGACCCGCCCGAGGACGUCAGUACGGCCAGCUCGCACAAGUCCCAGGAUCUCGAAGUGCCGAUGGCCUCGUUGACAGUGGAUGAUCACCUAUCGGCGGAAAUGCGGCGGCCCUCACAGGGUUCCGACCUAUCACACCUCGAGCGAGACUACAGCGCAGGGGAGACAAACUACCAAUAUCACACUUACGGGGACUACGAGCGGGAGGCGGCCAAGAUGGUUCCUCAGGCCACGCUGCCUCUCAACAAAUUCCGCUACCACAUCUUCAUGGACACGAACCCCGAGGACAUCGCCGAAGAAAUCACCCGCAUCGACUGGAUCAUGUUCAGCAGUGUGCGCAUUCGCGACUGGGUGCGACAUGUCAGCCUGUCGACAGCAGAGAAAGAGCGAUGCCGGUCGCUGAGAAACGCCAACCGCCUCAUCGCUCACUUCAACCACGUCGCUAAAUGGGUACAGAACAUGGUGCUGAUUCGCGACAAGGCAAAGCAUCGCGCCCCUUGUCUUGAGAGAUUCAUGAUCAUUGCACACAAGCUGCGAAAACUGAACAACUACAACGGGCUGGGCGCCGUAGUGGCGGGCCUGCAAAACGCCAACAUAGCGCGCCUCCACGCGACACAGGCGCUUGUCAGCAAGGAGGUCUGGAAGCAGUACCAGAGUGCUGAGAAGCUAAUGUUGAAUACCAAGUCGUCGUUUGCGUACCGCCUGGCCUGGGAGAACAGCCCGCUCCCUAGGAUACCGUACAUGGCGCUCCACCGGAAAGAUCUAACGUUUGCCGAAGAGGGCAACAAGACCUUUGUGGGGCCCAAUGGGGACCGGAUCAACUGGAAGAAGUUUGAGAUACUCGGGGAAAUCUUGUUGCCCAUAAUGAAGAGCCAGGGGGCACCGUACCCUAACCUACUCAAGAAGCAUGAGGUCAGCCGGGACUUGAUUCUCGACUGCCGGAUGGAGUUGGACGAGGAUGCCCUCUACCAACGUAGCAAACAAGUCGAGCCCGGUAUCGGGGGCACAGGUGGUGCGGCCGAUCUGAAGAAGAAGACGAUGGGAUUCCUGAGGGGCGGGGUCUAA